AUGGAUCCGAAGACCGUCGCCGAGAACUGGUUGCACACGUUCGGGCUUGCCGCGUACAAAGGCGACGUCGCUGCGGUAGUGGAGACGUUUGCGCAAGACGGCUUUCUGCGCGACCUGCUCGUGUUCACAUGGGACCUCCGCACCCUCGCGGGUCACGACAAGAUCACGGCACACCUUAGGCCCACACUCGCCCCCGCGCACCUGUCCGACUUUGCGCUCGACCCCACGCCUGCGCUCGCGCCGGAAUUCAUCGCUGACGGGCCGUUCGCAGGCGGCGUUGGUGCGGGGUUUGUGUUCGACAUGCCGCGCCGGCGAGGACAGGGCUAUGUGCGGCUAUUACGGGACGCCAACGGGGAGGCGUGGCGGGCCGUCGCGGUAUGCGUACUGGUGGCAGGGCUAAAGGGAUAUGAGGAGCGCGGCGCGGAGUUGGGGGUGUAUGGUGGGCACACGCUCGCGUGGACGGAGGUGUUUGCGGAGCGGCGCGCGCGCGUAGAGCGGGCGCCGUACGUGCUCGUGUUGGGCUCCGGACAGUCAGGGUUGAAUGCUGCUGCGCGUCUGGAGCAGCUAAGCGUGCCGACACUCGUCAUAGAAAAGACCGCACACGUUGGCGACCAGUGGCGGGCGCGGUAUCCGACGCUGUCUCUGCACUCGAUCAGGAACUUCUCGCACCUGGCGUAUCAGCCAUUCCCGAACACAUGGCCCGAGUUCGCGCCGCGCGACAAGAUGGCGGACUGGCUCGAGCAGUAUACCAUCACGCAGGACCUGAUCGUGUGGACGAGCUCGCAAAUCAUGCCCGGCGCGCAGUACGACUCCGCCAGCCAGCGGUGGGCGGUCACCGUGAAUCGAAAUGGCACGCAUGUCACGCUGCAGCCCACACACAUCGUCUGCGCCAUCGGCAGCACGGGACCGCCACACAUCCCUGAAGUCGCUGACCAGGAUCUGUUCCGCGGGACGGUGAUCCACUCCGGUGCGUACGCGGGCGGGCAGCCAUACGUGGGGAAGCACACGGUGGUCGUGGGCGCGUGCCAGUCGUCGGCGGACAUCUGUCAGGACCUCGCGUUCCGGGGCGCGGCGUCGGUGACGAUGGUGCAGCGCUCGUCGACGUGCGUUGUGGACAUCAAGACGCCGACGGACGAGGAGCGCGCGGGGUAUCCUGUGGGCUUGCCGACGGAGGCGGCGGACAUGAAGAACUUCUCCGUGCCGUUGAAACUGGCGAGGCUUGAGGCGUGCAAGGCGAGCGCCGCAAAGUGGGAACGGGAGCGCGCGUUGCAUGCGAAGCUGAAGAAUAGCGGGCUGAAGCUGAAUAUGGGACGGGACGGGUCUGGGCCGUUGUUCUUGGCAUAUGAACGACUUGGAGGCUAUUGGUGGGAUGUAGGCCUCGCUGAUUAUAUCGAAUCCGGAAGAGUGAAGGUCAAGCAAGGCGUCGAGCUGAAGCGAUUCACGGCUGACGGAGUGACGUUCACUGACGACUCGGCGUUGAAGGCUGACCUGGUUCUAUUCGCGACUGGUUGGCGCGAUGUGCGCGAGAACCUCAAGGAGAUCUUUGGCAGCGAGGUAAUUGAUACAGCAGGGCCCGCAUGGGGUCUUGAUGACGAAGAUGAGAUCCGCGGCUGCUUCCGUCCCACAGGGUAUCCGGGCUUCUGGUAUUGUAUGGGCGAUCUGGCGACUGUUCGGUUCUAUUCACGACAACUGGUGUGUUAA